AUGCCCCUGCGCGAGCCAUCUACAAUCUUCUUCCAAUCCGACAAUGUCAGACGGACAAUCAUCGCAUCGUACUGGAUUAUUAUCAUUCUAGCACUACCUCUCUGGUGGAAAACGACAAGCAUCGAACGACUGUCACUGCCUUCUUCCCGCGUAAGGAACCAAGCAAGCAAAGCACUGAGGCUACCAGUUCAUAUCCAACUACCGGGCUCGUAUCUGGAUACAACGAAGCGCUCGCAAGAUCAGCUGGCCCAAACUUUGUCAAAGCAAGGAGUAGAUGUUGUGUUCACGGGUGGACAUAUUGAAGGCAGCAACCCGACGUAUAUCCUCAAGCACGCCACAAAUGGCUUGGUUUUGAGUGACCGAGAACUAGAGUACGAUUUCAGCGACGAGUCCAAACUGUCUACCAUUUUAUCGGAAUUGCUUUGCCCCCCGCAACAGGGACACGUGGUUGCCCCGUAUUCACCGCGUUUUCGACUAUCUUUUACUCUCCUCAACGAGGACUCUACGUCAGGAAACUAUGUCCGGAGUUGGGACGUCUCACGCGGGAUUCGUCAAUAUAUCACGCCGCUGCUUGACCAGUUGUCUCUGUUGCACAAUUUCACAAUAGAGAGUCAAGUCCAGUAUCAUGCUCCCCUCGCUUUCAAACCAAGACCGACACGUCUCUCGUCGGAAGACCUUUCUGUCUUCGUAAAUUCGGCGGAAUGGUCUCUGUGUGACCAACCCCUAGAAAUGCCAGAGUCGUUCUUGCUGCCUCAGUGGGGUGGCAUCGUUGUCCAUGAUCCCCCUUCCCUGUCUGUAGACGACAUUUUCCCGAUCUUCGCGAGGCAGCUUCUUAGCUUGCUCGGAGUGUCCCCUCUCCCCGUGGGCGUUAAAUACACUGGUGAUGUUCCUAUCAGUCGUUGGCAGCUGGAAGCGUUGUUGAGACGGCGCACGUUGGAAAACACGCACAGCAGUCAAGAUACGCUGCGUAGUAUCGUAACGCUGGUUGAUCAGAUUGAAGGUAUGCCUGUAGGAUGGAACGUUAAAGACGACAUCCUUGAUGCUUUGGACGCUCUUGACAAGGUCUACGCAUCUUCGUCGGCAUCACUGCGCGAAACGGUGAAACAAUCGACGGAUGCGAUCGUGCUAGCAUCGCGAGCAUUCUUCAAUCCCGACAUGUUGGCGCUGCUUUACUUUCCCGCAGAGCACAAGUACGCAGUGUACGCCCCCCUUUUCGCCAGCGCUGUCAUACCCGUGAUCGCUGCGGCUGUUCGAGAACUGUUGGCAUGGCGGAGGCAAAGGCGACAGCAAACAUAG